CAUUAAGCCUGAACCAGCACAUGGCUAUAUAUACGAUAAGAUACUAGUACUCCAAAGAAUCAGAACUCUGCGCAGAGAGGCCAAAUACAAUAGCUGUAUCGCCAAGGAAAAAUGGUAGUACUCGAUCUGGUGCUACGAUCGUUCAUCCUACAUUUGUUGUUGCUGACUGUACUUGGUUUGAUCUUACUUUCAAACUAUGGCAUUUGUUGCUGAAAUGUUAACUAGGUCGACUGAGAUCUGUUUCACCUUUCUAGCUGUUCCACAAUAGUCAACCUCUUGAUCAUACCUGCGCUUUUGCAAUUUAGGACGGUGAGAAGCAGAUCAAGUUCAUGACCUACAACGUCUGGUCCCGCGAGGACGUUGUCGUCUACGAGAGGAUGAAGGUCAUCGGUGACCUCGUUCGGGAACAUUCGCCGGACGUAAUCUUCUUCCAGGAAAUCACGCCCUACAUGCACUUCAUCUUCGAGAGCUUUGCAUGGUGGAAGGACUACCACUGCUCACCAGUGCCCCCGGGAGAACAAACGGUGAACCAUCACUUCUGCCUGAUGCUGAGCAAGCUUUCAAUGGAGAGCUAUGCGCGCUGGGAGUACGGUACUUCGCCGACCGGCAAGUGCUACCUAGAGGCCGACAUUACCCCUGGAUCAAUGAAGCCGAUCCGCAUCGCCACUACUCAGCUCGAGUGCCCCGUGCCACCGGCGUCGAUGCACCUCAGGGAUCGGUACAUGCAGGCCAAGCACUCCGUCUCCGCGCUGAGCAGCGGGGACAACGUUGUGUUCGGUGGCGACAUGUUCGGUGGGACGACAAGGCCGACAUGCCGUUCCCUCUCCCUGCAAGAUGGUGCGACGCCUGGGAAAAACUGAAAUGUGGGACUGGAGGUGAUAGUUGGACGUACAGUAGUUUGUGGGUGGAGAAGCCCCGGGAGUUCGGUGGCUUCGAAUUCCCUCACUUCAACAAGCGCUCAGACCGACUUUUG